UGCGUGGGGUGGCGAGAGGAACCCGCGGUCCCUACUGCGCAGAGCCUGGCGCCUCUUGGCCGAGCCGUCGAGGAGCGCGGUGGCGACGGGGUGACCUUAGCCGCGAACUGGGUUCGGGGGGACGUCCGCUUCUGGUAGCCGGAUUGAGGAAAGGUGGGGACGCCAGCUUCUGGAGACUGGUUUGACCGGGGGAGACACGCCCGCAGGGUCGUUUGGGUUGCCCAGAGAAAGGAAAUCUGCCUCGAAGCCUGGCCCUUCAGAUUCUCGUGGACACACUGCCUGCUCGUCCAUAUAAUGGCACUUCACCCCCGCAGAGUCCGGCUGAAGCCCUGGCUGGUGGCCCAGGUGGAUAGUGGCCUGUACCCUGGGCUCAUCUGGCUACACAGGGACUCGAAACGCUUCCAGAUUCCCUGGAAACAUGCCACCCGACAUAGUCCCCAACAAGAAGAGGAAAAUACCAUUUUUAAGGCCUGGGCUGUAGAGACGGGAAAGUAUCAGGAAGGGGUAGAUGACCCUGACCCAGCUAAAUGGAAGGCCCAGCUCCGCUGUGCUCUCAAUAAAAGCAGAGAAUUCAACCUGAUGUACGAUGGCACCAAGGAGGUACCCAUGAACCCGGUGAAGAUAUAUCAAGUGUGUGACAUCCCUCAGCCCCAGGGCUCGAUCAUUAACCCAGGAUCCACUGGGUCUGCUCCGUGGGAUGAGAAGGAUAAUGAUGUGGAUGAAGAAGAUGAGGAAGAUGAGCUCGAUCAGUCACAGCACCAUGUUCCCAUCCAAGACACCUUCCCGUUCCUGAACAUCAAUGGUUCUCCCAUGGCCCCAGCCAGUGUGGGCAGCUGCAGUGUAGGCAACUGUAGUGUGGGCAACUGCAGCCCUGAAGCAGUAUGGCCCAAAACAGAACCUCUGGAGAUGGAAGUGCCCCAGGCACCCAUACAACCCUUCUAUAGCUCGCCAGAGCUGUGGAUCAGCUCUCUCCCAAUGACUGACCUGGACAUCAAGUUUCAGUACCGUGGGAAGGAGUAUGGGCAGACCAUGACCGUGAGCAACCCCCAGGGCUGCCGGCUCUUCUACGGGGACCUGGGCCCCAUGCCUGACCAGGAGGAGCUCUUUGGUCCUGUCAGUCUGGAGCAGGUCAAAUUCCCAGGUCCAGAACAUAUCACCAAUGAGAAGCAGAAGCUGUUCACCAGCAAGCUCCUGGACGUCAUGGACAGGGGACUGAUCCUGGAGGUCAGCGGUCAUGCCAUUUAUGCCAUCAGGCUGUGCCAGUGCAAGGUGUACUGGUCUGGGCCAUGUGCUCCAUCGCUUGCUGCCCCUAACCUGAUUGAGAGACAAAAGAAGGUCAAGCUAUUUUGUCUGGAAACAUUCCUUAGUGAUCUCAUUGCCCACCAGAAAGGACAGAUUGAGAAGCAGCCACCAUUUGAGAUCUACUUAUGCUUUGGGGAAGAAUGGCCAGAUGGGAAACCUCUGGAAAGGAAACUCAUCUUGGUUCAGGUCAUUCCAGUGGUGGCUCGGAUGAUCUACGAGAUGUUUUCUGGUGACUUCACACGAUCCUUUGACAGUGGCAGUGUCCGCCUGCAGAUCUCGACUCCAGACAUCAAAGAUAACAUUGUUGCUCAACUGAAGCAGCUAUACCGCAUCCUCCAAACCCAGGAGAGCUGGCAGCCCAUGCAGCCCACCCCCAGCAUGCAACUGCCCCCCACCUUGCCAGCCCAGUAGUCACAAAUGCCAUCUUCUUCGUUUUCUUUUUUACAAUAUUGUACAUAUGGAUAUUUUUUAUUAUUCAGAUUUAACCAGCUUUUAAAUCUCUCUUCUUUCUAACAGUAUUAGAAGUCUAUGACUCUCCAAAUAUGCCUAGCUUUAAAAGUUGAUUUAAUUUAUGGAUAAAUCACCCUUCAGACUUUCCUUUUCUUUUUUAAACCACCUGAUGGUAGCAAAAUGUAGUCAAAGGAGAUUUGGCCUGGGAGUUUGGACACCAGGGUUCUAGCUGCAGCUUGGCUUCCAUUGUGAUCUUGAGCAAGUCAUUUAACCUCUGGGCUUCAGAUAUAUCACUUGUAAAGUGAGGGGAUUGGAACGAUGCCUGCAGUUGCAUCCAGCUUUAAAAUUCUGACUCGAUGACUUCAUUCUAUUUGUAGACAGCAAAACUGCCUGGAACAGAAAUCUUCUGUGUUGUUCUUGUACCACAUUUCUCUUUUGCUUUCAUUAAAGUUCCCUCAAGCCUUGAUUUGCCCAGGAUCAAGCUCUGUUUGACCUGUUUUGCUGGUAUAGUAAGCUGGCUCCCUGAUGCGGGGAAUGAGAGGGAGAGCAGCUGGCUGGUUGCUUAGGAACCAAGCUUGAUAUCUAAAUAGAAAUGGGUGCCGAAGUCUGAAAGUCACUCAGCCUGUGGAAUAAAAGCUCAUAAAUUGCGCUCGUAAAGGGAAGCUGUCGACACAGAAAACCUAGGGAUUCUGUGGAAGAAUGGGUUGUCAGGUGGUUACCUUGUCACCAUUCAGAUACACCUGUGUACAUGUGUGUGUGGUAGAGGAGAGAAUGUGACUCAGGUGGUAACCUUCAGAAGGAGGAGCUCUCUUUUUAUUUUCUUCUCUGAGGAAGACCUGGGAGUGAGAUGUACUCCUCUGACUACAAAAGGGACAGUUUCUCGUUGCUUGGAGAUUUUUAGCAUCUUCUGUCGUUUGGAUUUUUUUGCAUUUGAGGAAAAUGGGGUUUUGGGUGUGUUAAGGCCAGGCUGAGGAAGGGCUGGGCAGUGCUCUGCUGCUCAUCUAGCACAAACCUGCUUGUCUCCCUUGCUAGCAAAAGUAUCUGGGUGUGAACGACGAAGGUGAGUGGUGUAGAAUAUUGCAGCUGCAUUUGUCACAAACUGGUCCCAUCUAGUAAUGUUUGCUCAGUCCCUGACCCUUCUGUCCCUCUCUGUUAUUUAUUUUUUUUAAAGAUGAAAUUUUCUGUAAUUUAAACUCCAGGACCUAAAUGGAAAAAAAGAUGCUAAUCUCUGGUUGCAGGUCUCAAUCCUCUUGAAUACUGAUGCCUGUUUGUGUCAGGCCAUAGUAAGGAAGCCCAUGUCUAGUCUGCUACACUUAAAACAAGAUAUCUCCUACUUUCCAAAAUGAAAAGUUGGGCUAGCUUCAUUUAAAAAACAAAAAGCUCAACUUAAAGGUGACAUGGCAGUUAUUUAUUUAAAAUGCUUAAGCCUUGGUUUUAGGGUCCCUGAAAGACCUAGUAUAAUCUGUUGUUAUUAAAAGCAUGACCAAGAGAGAUCUGGGUUGGUCAGGUGCCCAACUUCAAGCAAAAGUUGGCCUUUUAAAGACCAGGAAGCAUGCAAGGCAUAGAAGCUAUAUAUUUUUUUUUUAGUUAUUUUGGUGAGUGGGUGAAGUGAGGGCUUGGUCUUCAUGUUUGGCUUCCCCAUCUGUAUCUGGGAGCUCAAAGUUAAAACUCACUGUAGGCAAAUUGGAAGGGCACUGUUGAAUCUGGGCUGGUCUCUUUCCCUUCUUCUGUGAAAUGCUAACAGCCAAGCUGUCUGGAUGGGAGCCCAGAUUAUCUAAGCUGGCAAAGGCUUUUGAGAAAGUGCCAAGAAGGACUGAGCUUUUAGUAUGUGACUGUAAUGAAAAGUUUAUGAGAGCAACAGAGGAACGGAUGAGAGGUUUUAUGUGGUCUUGACUAGAUAGCUCAGUUUGUCCCUUGCAUUGAAUCCUUUUCAGAAUGCUAGGAGAGUGCAUGCAGGGAUCUCCAUCACCCUCAGCAUUCUUUCUCUGGUCCUAAUAGAUGGAUGCCAAGUGUCCUUCCUUUCUUGGGGAGUUAAGUCUGCUAUCUCCUUUAGUGGCUACCACCACUCACUCCCUUGGAGUUUUCUUCUCCCUUGCUUUCACCACUUCCUUUUCCUCACUGUGUACCCCACCAAACUAGAUUAGUUCAAAGUUAAAGAGUCCACUGGAGGUAAAUUAGGAGGGCAAGUCUUAUGUUCCCAUCGCACCCUAUACUUCUGCUUUCGGUAUAAUCAUUGACCUUGUAAUUGCUCAGCAUGCAUCCUGCUUCACUACAAACUUGCUGAAGGUAGGGAUUGUUUGUCCUAGACUUUUC